AUGCUCCGCAGCCACAGAUGGGCUCUCCAAAAGUUUUGUUUGAGGUUUGAGAAGGCUGAAGUAAAGGUUGGUGUCUCGUCUCCUACUUUGAGUGUGCAUUCUCCUCGUGAUGUGCGCCUUGCGCGGCUCAAAAAUGAGAGGAAGGAGAAAGAGCGUGACUUCCAGCUCAAGCGUGAGCUCGAGUUAAAGCGCAUUGAGCUGGAGGCAGCCACUGCUCGUGAGGUUGAGUUUAGAAGUGCGCCCCCGUGUGGACGACAUGGGAAGCGCGCCAGGACGAAGGCUAGCAGUGAGAAGUCGGAGCCAACCACCUCUGUGUCCCCUCCCCUCACCUACAGCCCAGCUUACCAGACUCAGUUUUUUCUUGACAAGGGUGUUCUGAUGCGCAAGUGGGUUCCUCGGGAAGGUCUAAAAGCUGAUGUGGUUAUUUUUUGUAAGACCUGCACUACCUGCCAGUCCGUGGGAAAACCAAACCAGGUGGUACCGCCGGCUCCCCUGCGCCCUCGGAGGAGGAGGAGAAGGAGAAGGAGGAGCGAGACACAGGUGCAGUCUAAAGAUGUGGCAAUGUUGCUCAAGGUGAAGUACCAGAAUACCAAGAAGUACAUCCGAUUACUGUCAGAGUUCACCUUUUUGGAUUUCAUUGCUAAAGUUAGAUACAAGUUUGGGCUUCCUGAUGCUACCGACGUUUUUGAUGAAACCAACACCGUAGUCGAGGAAGACAUCUUUUCUGAACUGAUAGAGGCCAGUCCAGAUUUAUGCCUGACAGUACGUGACAGAAUUCCUGAUGCAGCUCAGACACCGGCACAAGACAUCAUUCUUGAGAUACAGAUUGAUCCUGGUCCAAGUCCAACAACACAAGAUGGAAUUUCAGAAGAAGACUUCUCUCCUUUAGAUCAUUCCACAUCAACCUCCCUCACGGAUACCGACACAUCACUUUCAAGUGACAAAGACCAUUCCAGUCGAAUAGAACAUGGGAUUCCCAUAGGCAGAUGUACAUCCAGCCAAGUCAUACCCAGGCCUAACACAGAGUUCUCUGAGUUAGAGGCUGCAAAAGAGAUGGUAAAAAAUGCCUUGCUUUGCAAACCUGGGGGUGAGGAUGUCAUCGAAGAGUACAAUGCAGAAAAGUCGGUCACUCACCGCACCCGGAGACAGCUUGUCAACAUAUUGGCUAGCCAUAUGACUGAGAUCCAUGGGAGGAUGCCUUCCCGUAAACAUAAGGAGAAUGACCCGCAUGGUGAAGUGGCUUCGGAGGGGUUUGAGGACGACCAAAAGGAUGUUCUUUCUGAACAGGAUGUGGUGACGGAGGUCACUCCAGUACGAGUAAGGGAGGUGGCGAACCCUCCGGGAACCCUCCCUCGUUUUGAGCCUUUCUCUCCAGAUGCGGGGGUGAGUGGUGUGUCUCCGCCUGGGACCGGACAAGGCCAAGCCAGUUCCACCGCCAAGAUUAAGCUUCGCCUGGCUCGUCUUCAGCUUGAGACAGAGGAGAAGGUGCGUAAGGCAGACUACGAGCUCAAGUUGCAGGUUGGCCCGUCCUAUGACUCCUGGUCCAGACAGGAGUGGAUCCUCGGAAAGGACCAAACCCACAAGGUCUCCCCCACGACAGGAGCGGGCAUCGACUUCAUAUUGGGCAACGAUUUAGCAGGCAGUAAAGUGGUCCCUGUUCCACAGUUGGUUGAGCGCACUGAGCAGAGCACUGAGCUUGAGUCCCCAAACGUAUUUCCAGCAUGCGCUGUGACCAGGUCCCAAUCUAAGAACACUGUUGACCUGUCCGACAGUUUCAUGGCUACUGAAGAGUUUUUCCAAGCGAAACCAGAUGUCACAUCAAGGACUCCAGCUGCUCUGGAUGCGAUCCCGCUACCAGCCACAAGAGCGGCGUUCAUCACAGCCCAGAAAGGUGACUCAUCACUUUCAAAAUGUUUUUCUGUUGUUGAACAGGAAGGGAGCGGAGCCAACAAAGUGGGAUACCUUAUGGACGAGGGACUACUCAUGCGCCGCUGGAGCAGCGAUGUCACCGGCACGGGAGAUGAAAAAGUUCUGUAUCAAGUUGUGGUGCCCAAAGUCUAUCGUGCCCAGAUGACAGGGAAGCCAAAUCAGGUGAUUCCCCCUGCCCCGCUGUCCCCUAUACCGGAUGAAGCAAGUGUGUUUCAGAAGAUGAAGAUGACCUUUCAAUAUCGCCAAGACCUAGUGCAUGACCCACAGAGAACCACAGAUGUCUUUAAAACAUUUCCACGUUUUUUGGAUGUCAAAGGGCUGCUGAAUCAAGACUUCUUUCUGCUGUUUGGAGCUAAAACAUCCUCCAAGAUGCUUGAGAAGUGGGAUACAACUUUCAGGCCCAAGGUCAUCAAUGAGGCAAAACACCUGACUCAGUCAGUUGAGCUGUGCCGACUUCAAAAAGCUGCUGAGAAACCCGCAGAGAACGAUGAAACCACCUGGGACAGUGACAUGGCUUCUUUGCUGCUCCUUCUCCAUCUCCUACCACCCACAGCUGGACGGAAAAGGACAAAGAUAAGCUCCAGUGAUGCAGUGAACAAAAUGUUGCACUUUCACAAGUCAUGCUGCAGCUUGGAUGAACACCUUCUCUUUGAUCUCUCAUCUAAGGCUUGA